AAAAUGAAUACACAAUUUCCUGAAUAUAAACAACUUGAUUUAGUCAAAAUAGCGGAAGAAGAACUCAAUUUUUGGAAAGAAAAUGAUAUUUUUGAGAAAAGUAUUUCCUCUCGAGAUGGUCAACCGCCUUAUGUUUUUUAUGAGGGACCGCCUUCUGCAAAUGAUUUGGAAGGAAUACGAGCCAUUAUCACACGUGCCGGGCAAUAUCAUUAUUCCGAUAUAGAACAAGCUGCCAUAGAAUUAAAAAAGUUAGCCGAAUAA